CGUCGGUAACGUGGAAAGAGAUAUCCAUCCACCGUCCCGUGUCCGAAGCUCCGAAUCCGAACCACUGCGCCGCGCCGCCGCCACCUCCCGCGCGAGAAAUUUCUUCUCCUUCCUCCACGGUAUCAAAUCCUCCCUAAAUUGCUCGCCGGACCUGAGGAGGCGGCGCGGCGAUGGAGCACGGGUCGGUGACGGACUCGACCGCGUCCACGUUCUCCAUCAUGGAGGAGGACCACACCCUCGCCAACUCCGCCAGAUUCGUCCUCAACCAGGACCCAAGGGUAGCAUUUUGUGGAUAUAGCAUCCCUCAUCCUGCUGACAAGAAAAUCAACAUUAGAGUUCAGACGACAGGAGAUCCAGCAAAGGAUGUACUGAAAGAUGCUUUGCAGGAUCUGAUGGUUAUGUGCCAGCAUGUCAGAGGGACUUUUGACAAUGCAGUGACUAACCACAGAGCAAAGAAACCUGCAUAAGUCAGAAAUAGAAUCGCUGAAGCAUGCAUCAGGAGACAAAGAAACCUGCAUAAGUCAGAAAUAGAAUCGAUGAAGCACCCGUCAUGGUGGAGACAAACGCGAUAUUUCUAUGCUUUAUGACAAUUUUGCUAAAAUCUUAGUAUUUGGAUAAGCACUGUUACUGCAAACAUCUUGGCUUACAAAAGUCACUGCUUUGGAAAGAGUCAGAGCUCAUCGUCAGAUUGAGGUUUCUGUUGUAAUUGAUGUAUGCACUGGCUUCCUUUUGUGUAACACAAACUCUUGCAGUUUAUGGCAAACUACUUUCACCAGUAUUUAUAUGGCGACUGAAACUAUAUCUAUUAUGUAAGUUAUGCUCCCAAA